AUGGCUUCUCAGAUAUACACUGGUCCUUGGAUCAAUUGGAGUCAAGGAUGGGUCCACGGCGCGACUAUCACGCUCAGUCAAAGAAAUGGAGGCUUGUUGAUGGCUUUCCUGGCUACUUUUGUCACCAUUGUCGGAAAUGAAUUGUGGAAGAUCAUCUGCUAUAUCCUACAUCAAGUCCGAUCGAAAAGCGGUAGCCAGGAUGGCUUGUAUCACCAACAACAAGUCAUUCUACGAACAUCACCCACCCCAGGAACGGCUGCUUGGGUAUAUUUGAAGCAAAUAUGGCCUUGGAGGCGACGAGCUCCGCAUGCUUUCUGGAGAAUAUUCCCCUGGGCGAUCCUCAGUCUGGUUUAUCUGGCGGCGAUUGGCGUUGCCGCGAUCUUCUCGUCCGAGAUCUCAAAGAGCGCAGGGAGCCUGAGAUUGAUGACUUCAGAUAAUUGUGGUAUGUGGACAUUGGACGCCGACUCGGAAUAUAGUCAGGAGGCUUUCCUAGUCAAAUCAACUAAUGACAGUCUCGUUUCCGCGACGUACGCGAAAGCUUGCUACGGAGGUCAGACGGACCAAGAGACCUGUGGAAAAUACCCCGUCCCUUCAAUCACAUGGGAAUCAAAUGAAAACGCCGCGUGCCCAUUUGCAUCAGGCGUGUGCGUGGAUGGCGACUCGGCAGCAUUCGAAAUGACAUCAAAGAAGAUUGAUAGCCACUCUGACCUGGGAGUCAAUGCGCCAAAGUCUCAGAGAGUUCUCUUCCAGAAGCGGACAACCUGCGCACCACUCCUUACAGCGGAUUUUGUCGAAGUGAAAAACGCGUCAAAUUCGCCAUACGCAAGAGGGGACGAUAUUGUGGCCGAAUACCACUUCGGCCCUAUCUAUGGAGCUACGAACGAGACCUUCUGGUACAACGACCAUGCCGUCUAUGAUCAAAAUGGCUAUACACUACACUCCUUCCAGGCGACUGCCGGGUCUCCGAUCUCAGUUGGUGCCUUUGUUCCAGUGCCUGCUGUCAAUACCACAGAUGCAGAUCUCUCUUUGGUGUUCGUUGCAGCAAACUCUGUUUGGUAUAGUGAACCCUGCGAGGACGCCGUUUUCAGUGCCAAUGAUCCACUUGCGGUAGGUGAAAGAGUUGUCUACCGACCAGACUACUGGGUGGUUCCGCUUGGAUGUGCUGAACAAUAUCGGGUCUGCAAUCCUCAAACAGAUGCAUGUACACCGUAUUUGGGUGUCACUCAAUUGCACGACAGUCUCUUUGAUAGCGCGCCAGAGGGACUGGAUUUCAGCACGAUACAAAGAGCAACCAUCUUCCGCAUGAUCCAUUCUCUUCAAGUUUCGACCGUGUACUACGCGACCUUUACUCGCCUUGGGUCAGCGCUGCGAGCGAGUGAGACGCUGUCAGCACUGACACAACGCUAUCUCCCACCCAAUCAGUGGCACAUCGAGGUCGGAUCCUGGUUCGAUGCCGGUCUUGCAAGACUCCAAUUGCGAGUUCAAGAAUAUGCAACAGGCCCGGCCUCUGUACCACGUGGAUCUACCAUCUCGAGACCUGAUCGCUUGAACCUUGCAGAUCUCCCUUGGUACGCCAUGUGCGGAUCACAACUUGUCAAUGAUGCGUCGACCACGAUGAGCUUCUCCGUGCUAGGAAUGAGCAUUCUUCUCUGCUUGGGCGUGCUCAUCAUAUCCAUAUCCUUCUCUAUCGACACUGUCGUUGGGUGGAUACAACUCAAGCUGAGCAAGGGACUACAUCCUCGAAUGGAGUGGCUCGUCACCGACAGAUUAGUUAUGCAGCAACUGUUAUACCAGGAGAUGGGACAAAGUCAUUGGGACGUCAGCCUCGGUGUGCCGGUCACGACACGACCAGACAAAUUUGUCGGGGUAGCGACAAGAGAACUAGAGAGGGAAAGGAUGGGCCAGAUGUAUACGCCAGACGGUCCUGUUCCACUUGCAGUACACGAGACGCCAUUAUCGAAGAAUCAUGGCCGAUAA